AUGGAAGAGCUGGCCCGAAGAAGAAGGGCGGGCGUGGCAGAUGAGCAGGAGGAAGGAAGUGUACCGCAAGAUUACAACUAUGAAGCAGCCUUGAGCCAGGGACUCGCUAGUGCGGCUAAUCCUGGAGGAGCUACGUGGUCAGGUGAUGCAUCACCUGGUAUGUUAGAAUCGGGAGAAGCUGCCGAAUGCUUAGAGAGCACACGUCUCCCGAUAGCAAGCCCUUUUCAUAGCCAAAAUGUCAAGGCGGAAGUUGCCUUGAAGAGAACAAGGCCGAACACUCUGGAUGAUGCCAGCCGGCUUUGUCCUGAGGUCAACGAGGCGGCCUUGGGGGAUACGUACCGAGACGCGAGCUUGGAACCGAACUACGCGACAUCACUUGGACCUCUGAGGAGUGCAGGGAUGGCUCCACGCGUGGCCAGAGUUGAGACGUCCGGCAGCGUGACUUCUCCUGGAAGGAAUGGGAAAGCUGUUGGGCUGGAUUUGGCAGGCGCGGACGGAUCUGGCUCUGGGGUGAAAGAUUGUGACGCUCAGGUUCAGGACAGUUUGGGAGCUGAGCAGCGUGUUCAUCAAAGUGCCAGAGGAAGACCAGAGGGUGACGAUCAACGAGAGCUGAUCCCAGUCAUUGCACCGGGAGUUAGGAUCGAGUACUUGCUGGAACAGGUGAUUGAAGAGAACCGUGCGCUGAAACGAAGGCUUGAGCAAGUCGAGUCACAGUCUUCAUGGCACAGUGCAGGAACUCCACAGGAACUUGCGCCAUGGAUGUCGCCAGCUUCGUUUGCAGUAGGACGUGGAUCUUCUGAAUUCAUGAUGGCCCCAGAUCACCGUGGCGUCGAUGUGCAGUGUGCAACUGUUAGUGCGAUGGAUUUCCCAGGUCAGGAGGGAUUAAUUCCGGUAGAGGUUUCGAUCAUGAAGGAUAUCCUGUGUCUCCUGGGGGCACGGUUAUUCGGCCUCCGCCUGGACCACCGCCGCUUUCGCCGCGACAGCCUAAUGUUCCCAUCGGGAUGGGUGGGGGGCUCGGGAUGCAGCGGUUGGAAGAUCGCCCUGUCGGUGAGGGGAGUCUGGGUGGAAGAUUGGGGCUUGGUAUCGGUGAUGUUGGGGCUCCAGCGUUCGGGAAUAGGCCACAGGAACCCGCCAAGUACAUCCAGGAGCUACCUAAGUUGGUGUCUGCAGAUCUAA